AGAUAUUGAAGCUACUCGGCCGUCUGCAUUGACCAUAUUCUCAAAACUCUUACUUUCAUUCUUGCGAAGGCUGGUUCCUAUGUACAACAUGAGACUCAACUCGAUUGUACUCUUUGCCGCCUCGGCAAUGGCACAAUGUGCCCUGAAAAGAACGGAUACGAUCUCAGUCACAGGCUCAGCUCCAGGGUUUGCAUACGGAGUCACAGGAGGCGGAGAUGCCACACCAGUCUAUCCCACCAACACAUCUCAUUUAAUUGAUCUUCUGGGCUCCGACGAGCCACAGGUCAUCAUCGUCGAUAGAACAUACGACUUUAUCGGGACAGAAGGCACGACUAAAGGAACUAUCUGCAAGUCAUGGGGAUCCUUUGAAGAUGGAUGCCAGGCUAUCAUUGAUACCGGUUCAGGAUGCGGCGAUACUGGCUCCGAGUCUUAUGAAUGGGAUACUGCCGGUGUCACGGGGAUAUAUGUGCACUCGAACAAGACGAUUAUUGGGGUCGGGAGUGAGGGCGUACUUCUCGGCAAGGGAUUGAGGAUGGUCGAUGUUUCGAAUAUUAUUGUUCAGAACAUUAUGAUCACUGAUUUGAAUCCGAAGCUUGUUUGGGGUGGUGAUGCUUUUACGCUUUCUGGGACUUCGAGGAUAUGGAUUGAUCAUGUUACGACCCAAUAUACCGGUCGUGUACACUACUCUUUCGGUCGAGAACCGAGCUCGUUGAUUACCAUCUCGAACAGCUUCAUAAAUGGUGCAACGAAUUUCUCGACUUCAUGUGACGGGCAAACAUACUGGGGUUUAGAGCUGGUGGGCAAUGAUGAUCAAAUUACAUUUUCAAACAACUACAUCUAUCGUACCUCUGGUCGAAGCCCAGCCCUAAGCGGUAGCACCCUCUUCCACGCUGUCAACAGCGUCUGGGAGAACAACAACGGCCACGCAAUUGAGGGAACCGAUAAUGGCCAAGGUCUCUUCGAGGGGUGUGUUUUCAACAAUGUCAGCCAGAUAGUCGUUGACGGUUUUGUUGGCCAGCUCUUUAGUUCGUCCGGUGGUACGGCGAACAAAGCUUGCUAUGAUUAUCUUGGGAGGGAUUGCGUGGGUAAUAUCCAGGUGAAUGAUGGGUCUAGCUUUACCAAGGCUGACACGGGUUUCUUCUCGAAUUUCACUGGCCUUAAUAUUGCUAGUCCAAGCGCUGCCUCUGCGGCUCAGACAAGUGUGCCUACUAAUGCUGGAAAUACACUUCAGAACGGGUUGUCUUGAUGGAUUAUGGGGUUGAUGGACGGCAAGUCAGGGUGGAUUUUUUCUACUAUGUCGCGGACAACCUUAGUUCCCCUAACUUAUAAGCACUGCUUGGUAAUCGGAGGUUGUCAUCAUCAGAUAAGAAUUAAAAGUACUUCUGAUACCUAUUCGUUCUGGCGCGAAUAGCGCCUACCAAGAACUAAACUUAGUAGACAGAAGAACAACUU